UGAAACUUGUUUGAAGUGUUUUUGCACAAAAUGCCUUCAUCUUCAUGAUCAAUUAUAUGUAAACCAUUUGAAAUAUGGAAGAGGAGAAACCAAUAAAUGGCCUCUAGCAAACAACAUUGAGGAUUUGCUACUGAAAUGUGAUAUUCAUAACAACAAGAAACUGAAAAUGUUCUGUCAGGACCACAGUCAACUGUGCUGCUCUGAUUGUGUUUUACUUAAUCACAGACAGUGCACCAAUCUGGCUCUUAUUUAUGAAUUAGUCAAAAAGCUUUCAGUGGAUAUGCAGCAGUUGUCAUGUCAAGUUCAAGCAAUUCUUGAUGAACUAAAUAAGUUAAAGAAAACACAAGCGGGCAAUAUCCUGUCCGUGGAGGGAUCAUACCGUGAAAAACUUCAAGAAAUUAAAGAGCUGCGUAAGAAAUUAAAUGCUGCUUUGGAUAAACUAGAAAAUGCAACAUUGAAAGCACUUGAAGAAAUUAGGAUCAACUUGCAAAACUCUCUAAAAAAGGAUGUUGACAAUUGUAGCAGACUGACGGACGAACUUCAACAACUGGGUGAAGCUGUAAAGGGCCUUCAUGAUAAGAACAAGAAAGAAAUAGAAUUCAUAGCCAGCAAGAAAUGUACCAACACAAUACACGCGUGUGAGUCAUAUCUGAAGGAGAACCAUGUGAAGGUUCAGAGUUCGAUAAUAUUCAUGGCAAACAUAAGCAUUGAGCAAUACCUGUCUCAACAGGCAAGUCUAGGGAGUAUUGUAGGUAGUAUGAAGUCUCUCUCACUGGUGAUGAAUCCAGACAAGGUGUUGACUGUGAAGAGGAAGUCCCAAUAUAAUGUGAAAAUAUCAAAAGACUCUAGUCAGAAUUGCACCAUCAGAGGAAUUUGCAGCCUGCCUAGUGGACAUGUUAUUGUUGCAGAUUAUUGAAAUGAUAGAGUGAAGAUGCUCGACAAGCAUUACAAUGUGUCCAGUCACUGUGAUGUGUCUGGUGAGCAAUGGGACGUUUGCCUAAUAACAUCAAGUGAAGUGGCUGUGACUCUUGAUCAUGCAGGUGUGCAGUUUAUGUCGGUGAGCAAUGGGCAGCUGGUGAAUGGGAGGAAGUUACAGUUGCCACAUAAAGCUGUUGGCAUUGCCCAUCAUCAGGGGGCGCUGUAUAUAACCUCUGGCACUGCUCUUUACCACUACACACUGACUGGAACACUAGUGAAAAAUCUUUAUGAGGAUAGAAGUGGUUACGGUUCAACAGGUAGACGUUAAUAUACUGGCAUAUCAAACAUAUUAAACAUAUUUU